UGAGCAUGCGCAUCUCGUUCCGCUGUGGCGACGGUUUGGUUGCGGAGGAGAAAAAGUGAAACUCGGAUCGCAGAUUUUUAUUUUUUUUGUCUUUGUUGUUUUAAUUUGUUUUCCGGUGAAACACGAUGGCUGGCACCGCGCUGAAGAGACUCAUGGCAGAGUAUAAACAGCUGACUCUGAAUCCACCUGAGGGGAUUGUUGCAGGUCCAGCCAACGAGGAGAACUUCUUUGAGUGGGAGGCUCUGAUCAUGGGUCCUCAGGAUACCUGCUUUGAAGGUGGAGUGUUUCCGGCCGUCCUCAGUUUUCCCUCGGAUUAUCCUCUCAGUCCUCCAAAGAUGAGGUUCACCUGCGACAUGUUUCAUCCCAACAUCUAUCCGGACGGCCGGGUGUGCAUCUCCAUCCUCCAUGCUCCAGGUGAUGAUCCAAUGGGAUAUGAGAGCAGUGCUGAGAGGUGGAGUCCGGUCCAGAGUGUGGAGAAGAUCCUGCUGUCUGUGGUCAGCAUGUUGGCAGAGCCUAAUGAUGAGAGUGGAGCAAACGUUGACGCCUCUAAAAUGUGGCGUGAGGACCGGGAGCAGUUUUACAAACUCGCCCAGAAGAUUGUACGCAAGUCGCUGGGACUGUAGAGAGGAUCACCACCCUGAGCCCAUGAUGUCAUCAGGCUGAGACGGCGCCCAGCACUAUGUUUGUGUUUGUUGGUUUCAGAAACACUCCUCUUUCCCCACCUCUGGUACCUUUUCAGUCAAACUCGGCGUCCUCCUCAUCACCAUGGAAACCAACACACACACACAGAGUGCUGCUGAGACACGCAGAUCAAUAAACUGAUGGACAGACAAGCGGGAGCCAAUCAGAGCGCACAGAUGUUGGCAUCUAAAUGUUACUAAUACGCAAAAUUACUAAAAGACGACUGAAGAAGAGGACAAACGGCCUUUGGACUCGUUAGCACGUGUCAUGUGAUCAUCUUCACAAUGGCGUCAUCGCCACCUGCACGGAGCGUUUCACACCUGGACACAGCGCUCGGAGAUGGAAGUGGCUCAGACUGGGGCUGGGUCAUGUGACCAUCAGUAUUAUCUUGAUAUUUGUCUCUGCCUCACAGGUGCAGUGUGACCUCUCCUCACCUGAUCUCCUCACACUCCCUCGUCUUCGCGCUUCCUCCGUGUUUUUCGGCCCAGCUCCCGUAGCCCCGCCCCCUCCUGCUGCGGCCUGAUAGGACGACCACAUCUUUAGCUUCCUGCUCAUGCGGCUGCUGACGGAGCUUUGACUGAACUGAGUCUCUUCGAGGUGUGGUUUACGCUCGUCCGUGGACCUGACGGUGUCAGACCGAAACAAAUGGACCGCUGGUCGUCCAGUCGUGUCCUCCGUCCUCGGUUAGGUUCAGAGGCUCGAUCGUCAUAGCAAAGAAAAGAGGAAGGGCGACGGCGGGCGAUUCGGGCCUUUGAUUCAGAUCUCGACAACACAACAGGAAAAUCGGUAAAAUAUCGUAAGACAGUGAAAAUAAGGUCCUAGGUCAUGACACUGACACUGAGGCGUUUCUGAGGCGAGCGCGAUGUUUCCUGUUCUGCUGCUGUCGCUGUGAAACCGGCCGAGCGACGACGAACCACAACUGAGCCUCAGCUCAGAAGCUGCUCGGCCUCUCUCUGUGGGACUUUAUGCACUUUAUCUCUUCACGAAGGACGACUGACUGUGGACGCUUCGCCAGGACCCGAGGGUUCUCCGAGUGAGCAGCGGCUCCUGGUUUUAGUCUGAGUAUUUUAACGGACGGUGACGUUUUGUUGUGGAGAGUUUCUUUUGUCUGCUGGUUUAAAAAGUGCUUCAGUCAAAUAAACUGAGGGAAGAGUGA